AUGUCCCUAAAAUUCACCACUGGUGGCACACCUGUUGUACUCGCAGAAAAGACAUCAAACAAAAUUGCCGGAAUAGAGGAUAACAUCAAGAUCCAAGAAGAGUUCUCCAAAUUCUUGAAUGAGGCUCGGGCAGCUGUGGCAUUUAUUUCCGAACUGGUUGAGGAAACGAAAACUGAAAGCAAAGAUGAGAACGAAUCCGAGUAUGGGAUAGACGAAGAUGAAAGCAUAGACGACAACGAAUCCGGGAAUUGGAAAGAGAACACCGUUGAGAAGGAAAAUGAAGAGGAGGAGAGACACGGGCGCCAUGAAGGCCAGAAUGAAGAAGGGGAGAGACAUAGGCCGUAUGAAAGCCAGAUUAAAGAAGGGGAGAGACAUGGGCCGCAUAAAAGCCAGAAUGAAGAUAGGCAUAUUCCUCAAGAUCAGCUUACUCUCUGA